AACAAGUCUCGCUUCUUUGUAGCAUUCGCGCAAAUCGGAUUGAAACAUAGAUAAUGGCGCGCUCUCUUUUCACGAGGAAAAAGGACCUUAUAUAUUUGAUCUUCUUCUUUUCACAUAUUCCCAUUGUGUUCCGUAAGUACCAGUACAUUCCAUGGCACACAUCCUGAGGUCUCUUAUAUACAAAUGUUGACCGACCCAACAAUGCUGUUGAUUGUGAAUGUACUAUACUGGAAAAAGCCCCGAGUUGACCAUUUCUGCAGUGUUCGACUUGACGCCAUUGUAUCCCGACUACUUCAAGCCAACAUGGAUGAAAGAUCUGAUGACAUGGUACAUCGCGACGUAUAAGGAUCAAAACUUCAUUUCUCCACAACCUUGGUUCACUGCAUGCCGUUGGAUGGAGCUCUUCUACCACGCACCGCUUAGUCUGUGGGCAGUGCGGGCGAUCUGGAGAGACAACCCCAACCUUCCCAUUCACCUUCUUGUCUUCGCAGUGCAAACCGCUGUCACGACUUUCAUCUGCAUCGUCGAUUUCGUCAGCUGGGAUGUGAUCACGACGGAUGAGAAGGUGCAGAUUGGCACGCUCUAUGGACCGUAUUUGCUGCUUGCGGUGCUCAUGGGACUAGAUAUGCUGGGCAGGCUGAAGAAGACGACGGGUGCAUUAAUGGGGAAGAGCAGGGCGCUCAAGAACAGAUGAGCGAGAGUGACGCUAGAGUAUCAGGAUCGCGUCCAGCAUGCGCGUGUAGGACGAGGAGAAGCAUUUGCAGAUAAACAAAGUGAAACAUCACUUUGACGCCCAACCCCUAAGCGUCCCUACGUCAUAGCAGCCAAUAACCAAUGAUAGCAGCAUAGCUACCUAAACAGGCAAUCCAAUGACCACCAUCGUGGAAGUUCGUGGUCAAAAGUGAUGCUCUUGGCUGGACCCUGGCUCAGGACCUGUUUCUAACAGACAAAUCUGAAACACGCCCUAUGAUAUACGUCAUAACAGCCGAUAGCCAAUAACAGCCACCUCUCAUGGCGUACACACUGAAAUAGGCAGUCUAUAGUGUAUUAUCGUGGAAGUUCGUGGUCAAAAGUGAUGGUCUUGGCUGGACCCUGUAUACUAAUAAAUAAACCUGAAAC